AUUGGACAGUUGAGAAGUCGUUCACGUCACUCUUUGGCAACAGUUUAAAAACAACAUUUUAAUGCGUUUUUAGCAUAUAUAUAUAUUCAGCGUGUCGUUUCGGAAUUUACGUUACGAUACAAAUGUACAACUGUUCUAAAUUUCCUCCCCCUUUCUUCACGUACAGAACGUUGAAGUUAGCGAGCACACGAGGUGGGGUUUUGUCGGGAUUUUUCGGGAUUUUUCGGGAUUUUGUCGGGAUUUUCACCACAAUCUCGCGAGACUUCAUAGGCAAGCCACACAAGACGCAGGCAAGAUGGCGGCGCUCGCAGUGGUAGAAACUCCGUCAGGAAAAGAUGCCAUUGCGGAAGGGCUUAUGGAUCUGUUGAAACCAGCAGUGCAGCAGCUUGAUCUACAUGUGCAUGCAGUGCGGGAGAGUCAAGUGGAGCUCCGAGAACACAUUGACAACUUGGCAACUGAGCUGUGUAGAAUUAAUGAACACCAGAAAGUCGCCCUGGACUUGGAUCCCUAUGUGAAGAAACUGCUCAAUGCCAGGCGCAGAGUGGUUCUGGUCAAUAACAUCCUACAGAAUGCACAAGAACGCUUACGGAGGUUGAACCAUAACGUGGCGAAGGAGACGGCGCGCCGGAAAACCAUGCUUGAAACGUCCGGAGCGUUUUCCACUCGGUCUCCUAGCAAGCCGUGAUGAGCGGCAGCUAAAGAAUGGACUGCACGAUGAAGACGCUGUGUGCACUAUUCCAUGAAAUGUUCCUGUGUAUAAUCACAGAUGCGGUGGUCUAUGCACAGGAUCGGCUGAUGUACAGCACUGAGGCCUGGGCUCGUUUAGAAGCAGCCAGAGAGCCUGCCUUGUACUGAGAGCUGUUUUUUAAAAUAUAUACAUAUAUAUUUGCACAAGAAAAUCACGAGUUUAGUAUGCGUAAUGAUUAAUAGCCGUGAUUAACGAUUAAUAAUGAAUGCCUCUUUCAUAUGCAAAUGGCUUGAACUCUUCUGAUAUAUGUUUUCGUCACACAGUACAACUGUUUGUAUCUUUAAAUCCCAGAAAGCAUGAUCGUAUGUAAGAGAAUUGGUAGAUUUUUUUUCCUCAACUAAGCGGUAGCUAACCUCAGGCUGAUUAUCGUAAUCAUUUUGCAAACCAGUAGGCGAGCUCGCUAGCAAGCUAGCUUAAUAAAACACUUAUCCAGAUGUGCUGACUAGCAUUACACUAGCUACUAUGUUGUGUAGUCAUGCUUGAGAGAGAGAGUGUAAGUAGAGUACAUUCCAGUUUAUUAUUAAACCAGACUGCACACAUCAGCGUGCUGAGUUUUUUUAAAACGUCGUCCAGGAGAAACGCUACACAUCACGUGUUCGUCAUUGGUCUUACUAAAACAGCAGCCAUUUUAAGAAACGUGGAAACGACACACUGUCGCACACAAUGUGUGAGGAAUAAAACACUCGGGCUCGUGCUGUUGCUGUAAGCACGUCGGAGGUGAUGAUUUUUCAUGCAGUGGCUCAUCCUGAAGUGUUUCAUUCCUCUUACACCACAGAAAUUCGCCGAUUUUCAUUAUGAUCGUCUUUAUUUAUUAAAGAAUGAGCUGUAUUGUUAUUUGUCCGUUUGUAGCUGUGAUUGGUUUCUAUAAAGCAGCUUUAAGCAGUC